UCUCGAACUCAGAAAGAAAUCCGCCUGCCUCUCGUGUUUUCUUUUUAAGUGAAACAAGAGAAGACACUGAAAUUCAAUCAUAGAAGAGACACUUAGACAGCCAGUCUACUACCAGAUAAAGGACUGCUAAAGUCCCUGUGGUGGUGGUGGUUCCUGUCAUGGAGCAGUCGUAGUAAAUGAUUUACUGGGAAAAGCUGUAGAGCCCUUGGACAUUAAAAUUUGGAGACUGAUCUUGAAGACAGCCCAUUAGACUUUAAAGUACAGUUGUAGGCUUGAGGCAACAGUGUUCAAUGGGAAAUCAGAACUGGACGUAAAGCUGAGUGAGAGUGAGCUGCAUAAACCUGGUGGAGUGGGUAAAGCCCUAGUCUUGACAGACAUCUUGAAACAACGUCAGAAAGAACAUCAGCACGGGAAUGGCCAUAGCUGGGAUAAUGUUGCUGAUAAGGAGCGUCCGGCUGACCUCAAAAUUUACAACCUCUUCAGAUAUUCCAGUAGAAUUUAUAAGAAAGAAAGUUAAACUACGUGGCCGAUUACAGCGGAUAACUGAGUGUGGUCUAGAAAUUGAACAUAUACCUAUUACUUUACCUUUCAUAUCUUCAUGGAAAGAAGAACCACGUGGAGUUUUGCUGGUUAAACUGGCUGGAGUAGAACUCACUGAAAGUGGUAAGGUGUGGCUACAGGCAGAGCUGAAGCCUUCCCAGCUGCUCUGGUUCCAGCUCCUCGGAAAGGAGGACUCAGCACUCUUUUGCUACCUACUAGUGAACAAGGGCGGAUAUUUUAACGUGAAUCUGAAUGAGGAGAUUUUGAGAAGAGGCUUGGGCAAAACCGUCCUUGUUAAAGGGCUAAAUUAUGACUCAAAAACCCACUGGAAAAUUCACAGAAACUUACUUAAAGCUGAAUUGACGGCCUUAAAGAAAGGAGAAGGAAUAUGGAAGGAAGAGUCUGAAAAAGAAAGCUAUUUUAGAAAAUUGAAAGACUCCUGGAGAGAGAGAUGGACAAAGGACAAUGAUUUAAAACCAGCUGGAGCAGACCUCGGCUCCACCAAAGACAGUUAUCACGACAGCCGGCGCAGGGCGUCCGGGAAGGGGAAGGACAGCGUGAGCAACUACUCUUUCUUUCUGAAACUCAGAGAAUUUGUGAGCCGCUUACACUUUUGGAGGAAAGGAUGAAGCGUUGUGAGGUCUGGAGGUAACCCUAGAAGAACGCCAUGGAACUGUGUGAGCACUUUUCAUUGAGGCAAAAUGGAAAUUCCCUCAGGGGAUCAAAAUCCCAGUCUUGCAGUAUUUGUACAUUAAAACCAUUGUUAAGGCCGGGCGUGGUAGCGCACACCUUUAGUCCCAGCACUUGGGAGGCGGAGGCAGGCAGAUUUCUGAGUUCGAGGCCAGCCUGGUCUACAGGGUGAGUUCCAGGACAGCCAGGGCUAUGCAGAGAAACGCUGUCUCUAAAAAACAAAAAACAAAACAAAACAAAAAAACAUUGUUAAAAUCAGAAUCAAUUUGAAUAAGUUAUGAUCAAUGUAAUAUACUUUUAGAAAGUAGUGACACACUGUAAAAAGUUACCCAGUAGAAAGAUGUAUAUAUGCAGAACUAAUGUUUUGCCUUGUUCUUCUGCCUCCCUGUACCCUAGUGCCAGGGAUUGAACUCAGGGCCUCAGGUACUCUGGUCUAGCAGCACAUCAUUACUGAGCUACAUUACCAGCCCUAUAGUGCUAAUGUCUGAAGAGGAAGUUUAAGUAUCGACUGUUAUAUUAGUUGUCUAGGACAGCCAUAUUUGACAUUUGUUUUUCAGUUUUAUCAACUUUAUAAUAAAGGAAUUUAAAAAAACA